AUGUUGCAACGUUUCCGUGUGGUUGCGCAUGAUGCGCGCGCGCGUUCGCGCACUUCGCGACGUCUCCCAAAUGAUACAACCUCUGCCAAAGAUGAAGAAACAACCGACGCAGAUGCGGCGUACGACGUAACGCAUUAUUUCGUGGAUGACGUCACCGAUCCGUGGAGGGAGGGUGAUGCGUUGGAGCGCGAACGUCUUUCUCAGCACGCGGCGUUGCGCGAGUUGGUCUCCCGGGGUGAUGUUGCACAGCUGAAGGCGAAGCUGGCCAGCCUCGGGAAUAAUGCUGGACUAAUAGUGAACCUAACUCCUGGCGGAGCCAACACGCUAUUUGCCUGUGAGGCGGGGCUUACAUCAGUGGUUGCCGCGUUAUUAGAAGCAGGCGCUGACGGUCGCUGUCACCCUAUCACUCGGUACGGGCCGUUAUAUGUGGCCUGCUAUCAAGGUCACCUGGAAAUAGCCAAGCUGCUGCUGGCGCACUUCCCCACCGCUGUUCAGAGUGAAAAUUCGUCCGUAACUCCGGAGGUGGAUAGUCGUUCCAGCGAAGCAGCCAAGGCAUUAAGUCCACAACGCGGCGGUAUCUCACUCGGCAUACACGCUAUAGUGAGCAAACUUACAGGCGGGGGAUCAAAACAGUUGUUGCGGGGGACAGCUGUGUGGGCGUGGCCGUUCGCACCAAUAAUGCACGUUUGCUACGUGCUCUACUACGCGCCGGCGCAACGCCUGAUGCUCCCGCUGCACUAA